AUGGCCAAGAGGUGGAAAGCAUCAGCCUCGAGUGAGUCGGGCUAUACCACAUUUGGAACAGGCCAUGUUCUCAUCAGUGGGGUUAUGAGGGAGGUAAGGGUUGCUGAAUUGAACUUGAGAAUUUGGAACGGUCCUUGGGAGGCGAACAACUGGCACUUCUUUUCACAUUCAAUUGCUUCGCUUCAACAUCAAACAUUCAAAAGGCAUUGCAGUAUUUUGUUUGGCUUCACUCCGUUCAGAAAUGAAGUCGUGGAGUAUCUCAUCUCCGAAACCAAUUUUACCCUGCGCGGUCUCUUUACCGAGGCACUUCAGACUCUAUCCUCUUUUCUUGUAUCUCACGACGUAUUCGCUCAAGGAAAGACCGCCUCCAUCGUCCAGAGUUUACACAUGACGUCUAACCCUCACGUUCGUCCUCCCAUGAGAACCAGUUCUCGUGUCCAGUUCGUAUAUCAUGAGGGGGCGGAAAGGAAAACGGGCCCCAAUUUGUGGCUGCACUAA